AUGACAAAUCUUCAAAAGGCUAUUGGUUUUCUGUUUUAUAUACUAGUUAUAUCUUUGCUUCCAUUGAAAAUCACAGCAUCACUAAAAACAGAAGCAGAAGCACUUGUCAAAUGGAAAAAUAGUCUAUCACCCCCUCUUCCUUCAUGGUCACUCACCAACCUUAUCAACCUUUGCAAUUGGAAAGCUGUUGUUUGUGACAGCACAAAUACAACUGUUUCAAAGAUAAACUUGUCUAAUGCAAAUAUCAGUGGAAAACUCACUGACUUGGAUUUUUCUUCUCUCCCAAACCUUACCCUCCUCAACCUCAACGGAAAUAGGUUUAGUGGAUCAAUACCAUCAACAAUUGGCAACCUCUCCAAACUCAGUUUCUUGGACUUGGGAAACAACUCACUUGAAGGCACACUCCCUUCUGAGCUAGGCCAGCUAAGGGAACUUCAACAUGUUAGUUUUUUCGACAACAAUCUCAAUGGUACCAUUCCCUAUCAGCUCACUAAUCUCCCUAAGGUAAGUUACCUUGACUUUGGAUCAAAUUUUUUUGUAUCUUCCUUUGACUGGUCUCAAUAUUCAAGCAUGCUUUCCUUAAAUUACCUUGGUUUGGAAGAAAAUAAACUCACCGGUGAGAUUCCAAGUUUCAUAUUUGAGUGCAAGAACUUAACAUACCUUGACCUCUCUCAGAACAAAUGGAAUGGUACAAUACCAGAAUCCAUGUAUGGUAAUUUGGCCAAACUUGAAUAUCUCAACCUCACAAAUUGUAGGCUAGACGGAAAACUAUCAUCCAAUUUGUCCAUGCUCUCAAAUCUCAAAGAUCUUCGUCUUGGUAAUAACAUGUUUAAUAGUCCUAUUCCAGCAGAGAUAGGAAUGAUAUCUAGGCUUCAAUUUCUCGAAUUGAACAACAUUUCAGCCCAUGGGGAAAUUCCUUCUUCCCUAGGUCAACUAAAGGAGCUAGUGCAUCUUGACCUCCGUCUUAAUUUUUUAAACUCUAAAGUCCCUUUUGAGCUUGGCCUAUGCACAAAUCUAACUUUCUUGAGCUUAGCAGAAAAUAAUCUAACAGGUUCUUUGCCUUUGUCAUUAGCAAAUUUGACCAAACUUUCAGAUCUAGGAUUAUCAGGUAAUUUCUUUUCUGGUCAAAUUUCUGCUUCAUUGAUCUCUAACUGGACUGAGUUAACUUCCUUGCAAGUUCAAAACAAUAGUUUAAUAGGAAAGGUUCCUCCGCAGAUUGGCCUGUUGAAAAAAAUUAAUAUCCUUUAUAUGUACAAAAAUCAUUUCUCUGGUCCUAUUCCUGAAGAGAUUGGAAACUUAAAGGAAAUGACAGAGUUAGACCUAUCAGGAAACUAUUUCUCUGGUCCAAUUCCACGAACAAUUUGGAACCUCACAAACAUAACAGUCAUAAAUCUUUUCUUCAACAACCUCUCCGGAAACAUUCCAGCUGAUAUUGGAAACUUAACCUCACUGCAAGUUUUUGAUGUCGACAAUAAUAACUUAGAUGGAGAAUUGCCACACACAAUUGCUAAUCUAACUUCCUUAGCUUUUUUUUCCGUGUUCACGAAUAACUUCUCAGGAAGCAUUUCUAGAGAUUUUGGAAAGAAUAGUCCUUCUUUGACUGAUGUCUACUUUUCAAACAAUAGUUUCUCAGGAGAACUUCCUUCUGACAUGUGUAGCGGCCUCAAUUUAGAAGAAUUGUUAGUAAAUAACAAUAGCUUUUCGGGGCCAUUGCCGAACUCUUUGAAAAAUUGUUCAUCUCUUGUAAGAGUUAGGCUUGAUGACAACAAGUUCAAUGGGAACAUCACAGAAGCUUUUGGGAUUCAUCCAAAUCUUAAUUUCAUCUCACUUAGCAAAAAUCAUCUUGUUGGUUAUCUAUCUUCAGAUUGGGGUAAAUGUAUCAGCUUAACUGAGAUGGAGAUGAGUGGAAACAGAUUUUCAGGAAAAAUUCCAUCUGAGCUAAGAACCAUUUGUCUGGAGAAAUCCCAGAGAGUAUUGGAAGAUUAG